AGAUCUUUCCCUCUCCAUGGAAGUCCCAAAAAUCCAACCCACUUAACCCCUUUUCAUGUCAUGGACUCUCCAAACCCACCUACAAUGCGGGUCUUGACCCGCCCACCACCUGCACCUAAGCCUACUCCUCCUCCUACACCUACACCUACACCUACACCUGCUUCCUCCUCGGAUCCAACAGCUCCAUUACCAUUACCAUCCCUUGCUUCUCAGCCUCGUUCUCCAGACGGAGUGGUGGUUGUCGGGUUCAUUGCCCGGAGACCGGAUGAUUCCUCCCACCUCAUCAAUCAGGUGCUUGACUCUAAUGUUUUCGGGUCGGGUCGUAUGGACAGGGUUCUCUCUGUCGAUAAAGUGGAAGUGGAGGGUUGGUUUAGGCACAGGAGGAUUAGCUACCAUCACGAGGAGGAUAAAGGGAUUCUAUUCUUGCAAUUUUGCCCGACUAGCUGCCCUGUUUUUGAGGGGUCAUGGUGUUCCGGGUCGGGCUCUGAUGAGGUCGUGGAUGAACAGGAGUUAGGGAAUCUUCAGGGAUUGCUUUUCAUGUUCUCUGUGUGCCAUGUAAUCAUAUAUAUCCUAGAGGGUUCACGCAUUGAUACUCAAAUAUUGAAAAAAUUUCGAAUCCUGCAAGCUGCUAAGCAUUCCUUAAUCCCUUAUGUAAAAUCUCUAACCACACCAUCACUGCCAUUGAGGGGUCAUUCUUCAUCAUCUUCUCGUCCUUCAACAUCAACAACUGCUUCUAGCACUUCUCCAGGCAGAAGUGGUGGUUUGUUGAGUCGCAAUGCAUCAGCUAUCUCUCUUAUGUCUGGUUUAGGUUCCUACACCUCUUUGUUCCCCGGGCAGUGUACCCCUGUCACAUUAUUUGUUUUUAUUGAUGAUAUAUCUGAUGCACCAAAUCCUAGUUCUAGUGUUGAGGAGUCUGUGGAGACGUCUUCUAGUCUGAACAGCUCAGUUAGGCCUGCCCUUCCAGGGAAAGGUUCUGGUUCUGUCGUUGUGUUAGCACGCCCUAUUAGUAAGUCUGAAGGUGGUUUCAAGAAGAAGCUGCAGUCAUCCCUUGAAGCACAGAUCCGUUUUUUGAUUAAGAAAUGCCGAAUACUCUCAGGUCAUGAAGGCGGUCACGCCGGGGCAAGAAGUGGGGGUGUUUCAAGUUCUGCCCCUCUGUUUUCACUUGAUGCAUCAAGGGCUGUUGUGCUACUGGAAAGGUUGAACAAUCAGAAAGGUGAAUCUCUGGAAUUUGCUUCUAGCCUAGUGGAAGAUGUCUUGAAUGGAAAAGCAACUUCUGAUUCUCUUUUGCUUGAAACCCAUAGUCAGAGUUCAUACAAAGAGGAUAUUGUAUCUGUGAAAGAGUUCAUUUAUAAGCAGUCUGAUAUUUUACGAGGAAGAGGGGGGUUAGUUGCCAAUACCAAUAGUGCCUCAGCUUCUGGUGUUGGUAUAGUUGCGGUUGCAGCUGCUGUGGCAGCAGCCUCAGCUGCAUCUGGAAAGGCAGUUGGUACACCUGAACUUCCAAGUUUGGAUAUAUGGGUAUCAUCUAGUCAGCUUAUUCUUUAUGGAAUACUCUCUGCAAAAUCUGAAAACAUGGAUGAAACUGAAACAGGAAGGAGGAAACAGCAUCGAAAUACUAUUACUUCACAGGCUCAAGGGAUUGCUUCAAGAAGUAAUGAUCCUCUAGCCAUGGCACUAUCUUGGUUGGAAAGUGGUCGAGGACUGAACAGAAAAUUUUCUAAUUUGUGGUGUGAAAGAGCCCUACCAGCAGCAAAGGAUAUUUAUUUGAAAGACUUGCCUGCUUUUUAUCCCACUUUACAGCAUGAAGCUCAUCUGAAAAAGGCUAUGCAUGCUUUCCACUCAAUGGUCAGGGGACCUGCAGUGGAACCAUAUGCAAAAAGGUUGGAAGAAGAGUGCACAUCAAUAUGGGAAUCUGGGAGGCAGCUAUGUGAUGCUGUUAGUUUGACGGGAAAGCCAUGCAUGCACCAGAGGCAUGAUACUGAGACUGGUGAGUCACCUUCGGGAGCUACAACAAAUCCGCAUUCUAGUGGAUAUGGUUUCCUCCAUGCUUGCUCUUGUGGCCGUAGUCGGCGAUUACGAUCUGACCCUUUUGAUUUCGAAUCAGCAAACUCUAUUUCUAGUUGCUUUCUAGAAUGUGAUAAGCUUCUUCCUGGGCUCCAGCUACCAGAAAGAAUCGGUACCGGAGCAAUAAAGCCAUCAUCUUGGAGUUUGAUCCGUAUUGGAGGUUCAAAGUACUAUGAGCCUUCUAAAGGUCUGCUUCAGAGUGGGUUUUCUGCUACUGAGAGAUUUCUUUUUAAGUGGACUAUAUUUCAAGAGAAACAGAAAAUGCCAAGUGGCUUACCUGCGAGAACUCUAGAGAAACAUAGUUAUGUAAGUAGGUCUAGCACAGGCCUCAUUGCUGACUUGUCUUCAACUAUAGAGAUGAAGAAGGCUGGUCCCACAGAGUAUUCUGUCGAAGUACAGACUGCAGUUGAAAAUCCAGAUACAUUCUUGGAAAUUGGCAACUUCAAUGGUAACAAGAUCAGUUUUGGUAGAGGUCUUCCUAAUUUCACCAUGAAAAAACCAUUUGCUGAAGUUGUUGCUGGGUCUGCCACCUUGGAUUCAGGAUUCCCACCUCUGCAGCAAAGGAAACAACCUUCAUCUGUGUCUGGAAAAGGUAUGAAGAAAAAUAAGGCAAGUGAUCAGACUAUUGAAAGGACUCAAGCAGCUAUUGAUAGAAAAUCUACUGGGAUUUCAUCUGUUAAGAAAACCUUGAAUGUCAUCAGUUCUAAUGGUGGCACUAGUAGUGACCCCUUUCUUCAGAUAGGCAGUAACGUAGUUCCUAUUCAGGUGAGUAGCAAUGAAAAGGUAAAACUGAACCCUGGUUUGAAGAAUGUGAUAGUGUAUGUUGGUUUUGAGCAUGAGUGCCCCCGUGGCCACCGCUUCUUAUUAAAUCCAGAGCAUCUCAAUCAACUUGGGUCCCCAUAUUCAUUGGUUGAAGAAUCCCAGAUCCCUCACUCUGCAGAAACUUCAGAACACACUUUGGCAGAUUCUUCAAAUUUGAUUAAGAAUGGUGGGCGUGGUAAAAUCCAUCAGAAGCCAAAUGGUGUUGCUGCUUUGACUGCUGUAAAUAAGGUGAGAAAUAAGGAUAAGCCAAAAGAAGUACCAAAUGGUAAUCUGCAUAAAGAUGGGCAAACACCAUUCUCCAUGCAUGACAAGAACCAUAAUCAGAAAUUCCUGAGUAUGGCAGGUUAUCCUGUCUCAGUAAAAGAUAUUGAAGCAAGCUUUCAUUCUGUUAGCCUUGAUGAUGGUGGGUGUGCUUUCUCCAUGUUGAAUAGAAAUCUACCAGUAUACAUGAACUGCCCACACUGCAAGUCUGCAAAGAGUAGGAAAGAUCCCCCUGAGGUUAAAUUUGCCAGUUCAAUAUCACAGCUGCAGAGGAUUUUUAUGGUCACACCACCAUUUCCCAUUGUUUUGGCUACAUGUCCAGUAAUACAAUUUGAGACAUCAUGCCUACUUCCACCAGUACUGGACCAUGAGCAAAAGUUGCAGUUCAGCAUUGGAUGCCAAGUGAUCUUACCCCCAGAGAGUUUUGUUACACUUCGACUACCAUUUAUAUAUGGUGCACAAAUUGAGGAUGGAAGUCUGCAUCCCCUUAAUCCUUUUGAAGAUAAGCCAGAACAAACUGCAUGGAUUAUUAAAGGAACAACAUUGCAACUCAUGUCCAAAGGAAAGUUUUCAGAAGAGGGACUUCACAAGUAAUUGACCUUAUAGAACCAAGAUCCCAGAAUUGGCUAUUCCAGAUAGUUGCACCAGUGACAAGUUUGCAGAAGCAGAGUCACUAUUCCAGCUCCAUCAAAUUUUAGGAUAAAGUUUCAACUAUUACCGUGACAAUGGAUACAUACCAUGAUUGGUGAAGACGUGAAGUGCAAAAAAGGCUGAAGUGAAUUUGCAGAAGUCUUAGUUGUUGUCAGGCCUGUGGCAUCCAUCAAGCAUACCAUUCGGAUCCAUGUAGUCGACAAUGGCAAAAGAGGUGGUGGAGCAAUCUGAGAUUUUGAGUUCUCCCAGUUUCUGGCAGGUUAAUGUUUGGUCAGUUGAAUGUAACAGAUUCUGCCGGUAGCAUUGUUUAGCAACUGUGUUGGUGAAGACAAAUUCCUUGCUGAUACUAAAUGGAAAAAGGUUCAUCAGGGGAAAACAGAAGUGAUGGUUACUACUUUGUGAACAUACUCUGAUUUCAGGGGAUGCAAAUUUGGGAAAGAUGAUUGAAAAAAAAAUGGUUGCAUCCCUGAGUUAGCUUGUAAACAUGCAUGGAAAUGGAAUGGUUUCAAAUUUCAACGACUUGAUCUUUUCCAGCCCCCAAGAUUUUCUAA